AUGCGCUCUCUUCCCAAUAACUUCCGGCGCAUGUCCGCUAUCCAGAGUCCUAGAGGAUGUGAUAAGGCGCUGCUCAUUACGUUCGAUGCGUUUUCUACUCUCUUCCACCCGCGGCGACCUGUUCCAGAGCUAUAUGCUUCCAUCGCCCACUCGUUUGGGCUGCCCAAAUCCAAGGUGACCGAUGAAAGGCUGAAAGCUGCUUUCAAGACCGCGUUCAAAGCUCAAAGCAAAGCAUAUCCAAACUAUGGACGGGAAAAGGUGCUCCGUGGACGCUACCAAGGCCCACGACAGUGGUGGAGUGACUUGAUCAAAAUGACAUUUGCAAAAGUACUCGAUGACGAAAUUAAAGACCUCCCGCACGGGAUGGUCGAGAAGUUGCUUGAUGUCUUUGCCAGUGACGAGGGCUACGCGCUAUAUGACGAUGUUCGGCCUUUCUUUAGAGACCUCAAAACGUUCAAGAUGGCCAAAGGUGCAUUUGAUCAUGUUGUUACAGGAGUCAUUUCCAAUUCGGAUGAUCGUGUUCCCGCUAUUCUCAAAUCGUUUGGCUUGUCGAUAGGUAAUGUCCGUGCUGAUAGGGACCGGUCGAGUAUGGAACUCCCGGGAUUUGAGCAGCUCGGCAUUGACGAUGGUCGAAACCCCAUGCCCAUGGAAAACGACAUUGAUAUGAUAAUAACGAGCUACGAAGCCGGCCAGGAAAAGCCAAACCGUCUUAUUUACGACGUUGCAGCGAGACAGGCCGAACAGUGUCUCCCCAUGAUAGAUGUCUCUAGAUUCCCCGGUGAUAGUGUUGAAUGGACUCGCAUUCACGUAGGUGAUGACGCACAAAAAGACUAUACUGGUGCGAUAGAUGCAGGCUGGCAUAGCCUUCUGAUAUCCCGUGAGGAUACUACUUUGGAUAUACCGAAAGAUGCAAAACACAUUGGUUCAUUACAAGAAGUGAUGACCGAAAUUGAAAGCAUUCAGAAGCAACAAAUCUAA